AUGUCCAUAACACGCGUAGAUCCCGCACCUCAAGACCUUAUGUUCCCUCAAGAGCUCAUUUCACUUGAAGUUUCAGCACAGCUUCCUCCUGAUCUCCAGAUGCGUCCGCUUGCAUCAACAGACUACAGACGCGGACAUCUCGAUGUCCUUUCCGUUCUAUCCAUCGUCAACGACCUCGGCGAGGUAGCCUGGGUCAACCAGUUCCAUGCCAUGCGCGCAACCCCGAGCGCAUACUUCUCCAUCGUCAUCCUCGACAAGGCGAGCGACAAGAUCGUCGGAGUAGGCACCGUCUUCAUUGAGCGCAAGUUCCUCCGCGGUCUCGGCAGUGUCGGUCACAUUGAGGAUAUCGCCGUCGACAAAAGCCAACAGGGCAAGAAGCUUGGCCUCCAUAUCAUCCAGACCCUGACACAUAUCAGUGAGAGCAGCGGCUGUUAUAAGACCAUUUUGAACUGUAGUGACGCCAACAUUCCCUUCUACCAAAAAUGUGGCUAUGUCAAGAAGGAGAACGAGAUGGCAAAGUACGCGCCAGAACGUGUUAACCAUGCACCAAAACUUUGA